CCAAAAGACAGGGGAGUGGCUCAGUUUAAAAUCCAACCCAGAAGUCCUGUGAAAACUUGCCUGUGAAAGAAGAAAGAAAAUGAAAUAGAACACAACAGAAGUCGGGCAACAACAUUCACAUACUGCACAGGUGAAGUUCACGGACAACUCCUCAGUGGACGAUUAACUGGACUUUUCUUUUAAAAGAAACCAAAAUCAUUCUGCUGUUUCCAGUAACAAAGUUAUAAUGAAAUGGACGAUUUAGGACAAAGAAACUAUUCAGGAGGAAGUUUAGGAGACAAAGGCACUGAAACUAGACUUACAUCUCUACCACCACGAGGAUUCAGUGCAUCGUCCGGGAAGGGAAUGUCAAGUAACUCUGGAAGUUCUAGCUUGGACAAGAACAUUAUAACCCAAAACAGUUCUUACUUCUUUUCCUCUUCUGGGGGUGGGAGUACGGGUGGAUUAGGAUCUGCUCUCAGUGACCUUCUGACAGAGGAGACCUCUGUGAGUAUAAGCAGGAAGGCAGGUGGCUCUUCUGAUGGUUUUGAUAGUGCGUUUGGAUCGGGCUCUGGGCUAAGGGUGAGAUCCAGUUCCACUGAAGGCACGAGGAGAACACAAGAUUCCUGCGUCUCCCCUUUGUUUCUAGAGAAGAAAAGCAAAACCACUCGUUCCAGUCAUUACGAUGGAAGCUCAAGUGACAAUUCGUCCCCAGAGACCAAAAGAAAAGACUACGGAUCAUCUAGAGGGAGGACUCAGAGCAGAGAGACGGAAAUCAGGACAAGACUGCAGAGUGCAUCUCCAUCCACAAGAUGGACAGAGCUAGAUGAUGUGAAAAGGCUACUGAAAGGAUCACGCUCUGCCAGCGUAAGCCCUACAAGAUCUCCCUGCACCUCUCCUCUGCCCGUCCCUCGCAAAGCCACCAUAGAGACCAGCAUCUCCACCAAGCCAGUCAUUGACAGGAAGAUGAAGACAGCUCAUGCUGACAUGAUGAACUCUGAGCAAUAUGACAACACUUUUCUGGAGACUGACCUGUCCUCAUUUACAUGGAACACCUCCACAUUGCCCUCUGCAGUCUCCACUGGUAAUGCAGCCUACAGCUUCCACAGCAACACCAACAACAUGUCAACAGGAGCUUCUCUUGUCAACAGCACAUCCCCAUCUUCUUUAUCAGUGUAUGGAUUCCAAAACAAUUUAGGAGUUUUAAGUUCCAGUGGAGCUAACACAAUUCCAGGGUAUGGGGUGCAGAAAAAUUAUUCAUCAAUCACAAACAGCCCUGUUGGAGUGAGCGCAGGUGUCUCAACCUCAGGAUAUGGGGUACAGAAAAAUUAUUCAUCAAGUCCAAACAGCCCUGUUGGACUGAGCACAGGUGUCUCCACUUCAGGAUAUGGGGUGCAGAAAAAUUAUUCAUCAAGUCCAAACAGCCCUGUGGGAGCGAGCACAGGUGUCUCCACUUCAGGAUAUGGAGUGCAGAAAAACUAUUCAGCAAGUCCAAACAGCACUGUUGGAGUGAGCACAGGUGUCUCCACUUCAGGAACUGGCACAAGGGUCCUUAAUGAGAACAUGACAAAGAAAUACCUGACAUCAGAGAAAGAGAACAUUCCUGUGAAGAGAGAGACAGAAGAACUUAUUUUGACCAAAGACAGUGGCAAGCAGUUUACCAGCAGCGCCCCCAAUGGCAAAGCAGAGUCAUAUUCAGAUGUUUCAGUGAAGAAGGACGUUUUUACAACCAGCUAUUCUGAAAGCGCACCAGUCAAGUCUAGCUCUGGUGCAUACUAUGGGUCUACAGCAGUGGCGACAAAAGAUAAAGCUACAUAUGCAGAGAUUCAUAAGGCUGAGGAUGAGGACGACUGUACUUGUGUAGGGGGUUGUUGUGGGCCGCACUGCUGUUCCUGGUGGAAGUGGCUGCUUGGCUUUUUGCUCGGUCUUCUUCUGCUCCUUGGACUUUUGUUUGGACUCAUUGCUUUGGCUGAGGAGGUGAAGAAACUGAAGAAUCGUGUCAGUACUCUUGAGGGAAUUUCCUCCUCCAUGAACGCACACACAAGUCGCCUGUCAGCUUCUAAUGAUGGCGUUCAUAAUGUCAACAACGGUGGAGUUAGAUCUGCAUAUGAGAAUACACUGGAUCUGGGGUCUACAGACUUUUCAGGCAAUUUAGCACUGCAGAGAAAUAUACAACAAACUCUGAGAGCAGAGAUGCAGUCUGAAGCCAUGAGAGACCAUCUCAUGUCUUUAGUCAAAGCUGAAGGAGGACUGCGGGGGCCAAAAGGUGACACUGGACCUCAAGGGCCCAAAGGAGACAGUGGUUUUCCAGGACAAUCAGGGUCUUCGGGAGUGCCAGGACAUCCAGGAAGAGACGGGUCGAAAGGAGAAAAAGGUGAACAGGGUGCAGAUGGGCCAGCAGGUUUCAGGGGAAGAGAUGGACAGCCUGGAUCCCGUGGAGAUCCAGGACCGCCAGGAAUGGGAGAAAAGGGUGAAAGGGGUUUACCUGGAUUUCCUGGUAUUGCUGGUGUACAUGGGCAAAAAGGUGCUGCCGGUUUACAGGGUGAACAAGGUCCUCGAGGCUUUAGCGGUGAACCUGGUCCUAAAGGUGAUAGGGGUCCACCUGGAAUUAAAGGUGAUCACGGUGAUAAAGGAGACAGUGGGAUUCCAGGUGUUCCUGGGUCUGCAGGGAGACCUGGACCAACUGCUGAGAAAGGAGCAAAAGGAUCAGCAGGGCCUCAAGGACCUGAUGGUGAAAAAGGCCAAAGAGGUGAGACAGGGUCAAUUGGCCUACCAGGAAUCCGAGGACCAGCUGGGCCACCCGGUGAUGCUGGGCUUUCAGGAACUCCUGGUCUACAAGGACCUCCAGGCAUUCCUGGCAAUCCUGGUCAACCUGGGGCUAAAGGUGAGAUCGGUGCACCUGGGAGAGUGAUUAAUGCAGCUGGCUCUAGCUCAGUGGCUAUCCCAGGCCAACCAGGCAGCCCUGGACCUCCUGGCCCACCUGGACACCCUGGACUCUCAGGUCCCAUCGGCCCUGCUGGACUUCCUGGACAGCCUGGUCCUAAAGGUCCCAAGGGAGAUCAAGGAGAUCAAGGUGAACCUGGUAUUGUAGUCAGAACUAGUGAGACUGUGAGUUCAAGGCGAGCAGAAAGUGUUUAUGGUGCACAGAAUGCUGGUGUUACUGGACCACCUGGUCCCCCAGGGCCUCCUGGACGUCCAGGAGAUUCUAUACAAGGACCACCGGGUCAACCAGGAUACGGCAGACCAGGUCCAAAAGGAGACAAGGGAGAUUCAGGAAGCUUUGUGCCAAAUUCAGGAACGUUCUUUGCCGGACCACCUGGGCCACCUGGUUCUCCAGGACCUAAAGGAGCAACAGGUGCUCAAGGACCAAGGGGAUACCAAGGUGAACCGGGUCAACCUGGCCUUGCGGGGAGUUCCGGUAGAGUUAUCACUGAAUAUGGUGCGGGUCAAGGACCACCAGGUCCCCCAGGUCCUCCAGGACCACCCGGACGGGACGGACGUAAUGGGGAGCCUGGAAUACCAGGUACAGCGAUAUUCCAAAGAGACUCAAGAGGGUCAGUUGCAGUCGGGCCCCCAGGGGUGCCUGGUCCUGCUGGUCCUCCCGGACCUCCCGGUGCUCCAGGCCAUUCCGGUGGAUCACAUUCAACUGCAGAUUAUCGUCGUUACAUCAUGGAGUAUAUGCAGAGUGACAGCAUGAGGCAGCAUUUGUCUAGUAUUCAAGGGCCACCAGGACCACCUGGGGCUUCAGUGUCUGUGGAGGAAGUGGCAUCUCGGGUCGUUGCCUACCUUCAGCGUUCUGGAAUCAGUGGUGUCAGUAUUAGUCAAGGUCCACCGGGUCCUCCAGGCCCACCUGGAAGCAUAACUGCUGAAUACAUUAUUUCUCUGUUACAGAGAGACGAUGUGAGGCGAUAUGUGAUUGGCCCUCCAGGACCACCGGGAGCAGCUGGCAGUAUUGCUACUAGCUUCAACACACAGGAAGUAGCAAACUAUGUCAUCAGAAUAAUGAGAGAGCAGGGAAUUAUAAAUAAGGCUGGACCACCAGGCCCUCCCGGCCCCCCUGGCCUACCAGGCUUGACCUACAGUGACGUAACCACUUUAAUUCAGAAAUCAGGGCUCAGUGGAAGCAUUGGACAUCCCGGGCUCCCUGGUCCUCCUGGCGUACAGGGACCUCCUGGUCUACCCGGUGCUCCAGGAAGCAGCUCAACUGUGAUCUCAGGUUUAAAACUGGAGGACAUCCAGCUCUACCUGCAGAAAAAUGGUUUUAGAGGACCCCCAGGCCCACCUGGUCCACGAGGACCCCAUGGACCUCCAGGAGAUGUUACAGGCCUGGUAUCAUAUAGCGGAUCUUCCCAAGCCCAGAGAGAACACAUCCGUGCUGAGCUGCAGGAGUACUUCAACAGUGACGCUGUAAGACGCUACGGUCUCCCUGGGCCUCCCGGACCCCCUGGACAGAAAGGUGAACGUGGUGAACCAGGAUACAAUUAUCAGAAUGUGAGAAGCCAGUAUCAUUUGGGCACUGAGACGGGUGAAGCACUGGACUAUUCUAAUGUUGCACUGAAAGUGACCGACUACAUAAAGAAUCAGGGUCUACUGCAGGAUCUUACGGAGGGGUACUGGAGAGGACAAGAACAACGGUUCCAAGGGUCCCCGGGGCCCCCUGGUCCUCCCGGGUACAGCCGCGUGUUUGCUGCCUAUGGAAACGUGACUGCUGACCUUGUGGACUUCUUUAGAAUACACGGGGCCAUUCCAGGACCCCCUGGUAGGCAGGGACCUAGAGGAGAGAGAGGAUACCCAGGACCAAAAGGAGAGAAAGGGGUUGUAGGAAGCUCAGGAAUACCUGGCCUGCCGGGACAAAGAGGACCCGAAGGACCAAGAGGAGAGAAGGGUGAAAAAGGUGAUACCCAGUCUGGUAGAUGGAGAAGAGCCACUGGUGUAUAAAGAGUCAUAAAAUUGUAGUAGAAGCACCAUGAAUAUCAUAAAGAAAAUAUAAAUAACACAUAAACUUGCCUCUCUUUAUGAAGUAAUGCAGGUCAGAGGCUUGUUUGGGUCCUAUAUUAUCACAAUAUACAGUUUUAUAAUCAAGCAAAUGCAUGCAAUUUUUUUAUCCAAACAUUACACACAUUAUCAGAGCUUUACUAGUGUGGGUUUAUGACAACAGUCUUACAUUUUUGCAUUUUUUUAUCUAAUAUUUGUUAUAAACAAAAGCACUUGAAAUGUACUUUUACCUAAAAGCGGAUUUUAAAAUUGCUUUUAUUUUUUACCGCAAUGGUUUUGGCUGUUUUUGUAUUGUAUGAAUCUUAUGAAUAUGUUUCACAAACAGCAAAAGAUCAGAAUGUAAAAUGAAAAACCAGUCCAAAGAAAAUAAACUAUUUAAAACACCUGA